CGGUGCCAACCCACCGCGCCUGCGCCAACCAAGAUGGCGGCGGCGGAGGCGGUGAGGGAGAUGAGGAGCCGCGUGGUGCUCGGGGAGUUCGGCGUCCGGAAUGUUCACACCACCGACUUCCCGGGGAACUACGCCGGCUUCGACGACGCCUGGGACCAGAGCCGCUUCGAGCAGGGUUUCCGUGUGGACGUGGUGCAGAUGGAGGAGGACUCCUUGGAGUUCGACAUGGUGGGAAUCGACGCGGCCAUUGCCAACGCUUUCCGGCGUAUCCUGCUGGCCGAGGUGCCCACCAUGGCUGUAGAGAAGGUCUUUGUGUACAACAACACAUCGAUCAUGCAGGAUGAGGUCCUGGCCCAUCGCUUGGGGCUCAUCCCAAUCACUGCUGACCCCCGCCUCUUCGAGUACCGCAAUCAAGGGGAUGAGGAGGGCACAGAGAUAGACACGCUACAGUUUCAGUUGAAGGUCAAGUGUACUUGGAAUCCCAGUGCGGCCAAGGACUCCUCUGAUCCCAACCAACUCUACCUUAAUCACAAAGUGUACACAAAGCACAUGACCUGGGUGCCCCUGGGAAACCAGGCAGACCUCUUCCCCGAAGGCGCCAUCCGCCCCGUGCACGACGACAUCCUCAUCACCCAGCUGCGCCCCGGCCAGGAGCUGGAUCUGCUCAUGCACUACGUCAAGGGCGUUGGCAAAGAUCAUGCUAAAUUCUCCCCCGUGGACACCGUCAGCUACCGGCUACUUCCCGACAUCACCUUGCUGCAGCCGGUGGAGGGGGAGAUGGCUGAAAAGCUGAAGGACUGCUUUUCGCCUGGGGUCAUCCAAAUCCAGGAGAUCAAAGGGAAGAAGGUGGCGGUGGUGGCCAACCCCAGGCUGGAAACCUUUAGCCGGGAGGUCUUCAGGCACGACGAACUGAAGAAACUGGUGCGGCUGGCUCGAGUGAGAGACCACUACAUCUUCUCCGUGGAGUCGACGGGAGUCCUGCCCCCUGACGUGCUGGUGAGCGAAGCCAUUAAAAUCCUGAUGGGAAAGUGCCGACGCUUCUUGGAUGAGUUGGAUACGAUUCAGAUGGACUAGGAGGGCAGCUCCGGACUGGACCGUUGGAACAGCAGCAGGCCCCUGGCCGGCACCCCCCACAUUGGGGGAAAAAUAAACGAAUCUCUUUCUGGACCCUCACA